AUGAUGCUCCCUUCCCUAGCGACUGUGCUCGCUUGCGUCGCCGCCGCGACGGCCACGAUCCUCGAGAACGGCCGCCCGAGAGCGACCGACUUCGCCGACACAAAGGUGGACCUGGCGGCAGGCGACUACGAGACGUACGACGCCGACGCCCCGGAGAUCUCCUACAAGGGACGUUGGGACUCCAAGAAGAUAUCCUGGUGGGCAAAAACGAAAUACGUCUCUCACACACAAACGUCGUCGGCCAGGGCCCCGGGCAUCAAGUUCGGCUUCACCGGGCAGACGGUCGCCGUGACGUUCGGCCCGCACACCGUCAGCGGCACGCUGGUGGCCUACCGGAUCGCCGGCCUGGACUGGGCGCACACCAACGUCACGGCCGGCGCGACCCACCUGUUCGUGAGCCCGGCGACGCCCGGCGCCGGCCUCGCCGGGCCCGUCAGCCCCGCGACCUUUGAGAUGCGCGUGACGAGCUGGGCGCGCGGCGUGCAGGUCGACGCCGUCCACGUCGCCGCCGGCCGGCGCCUCGUCGCCGUCCCCGACCACCCGCGCCGCGUCGAGUUCGUCGGCGACAGCCUGUCGGCCGGCAUGUACGCGACGUACGAGGCGCUGGCCGGGUUCGCCUACGGCGUCGGCGCCGGCCUGGGCGACACCGAGUACUCCAUCACGGCGUACCCGGGCAUCUGCGUCGCCGACCAGGAGUGCUGGGGCAACCCGCGCGGCCAGUCGCACCAGUGGUUCUACACGUCCGACACGGGCGGCCGCGCCGCCGAGGUGUGGGGAGGUACGUGUCGUCGUCGCGCGUACGCGCCGCCGGAGCUGCAGCAGCAGCAGCCGGCGGGCUUGGCGUAUUCGAACCGGAGCCUGGCCCCCGACGAACGGGGGCCGGCGAUGGUAUCAUCAUCAACAUCAUCGUCAUCGUCGGGAACCGGCCGGCUGACGGCGGCUUGCGCAGAUGACCCCGAGCCCUGGGACUUUUCCAGGAACCCUCCCGCCGACCUCGUCGUCAUCAACCUCGGCACCAACGACGCCAACGCGGCCAACGGCGUCAGCAAGGCCGCCUACGUCCAACACUACAAGAAGCUCGUCCAGGGCAUCCACGGCAAGUGGCCCGAGGCCCAGGUCAUAAUCAUGCAAAUGUGGCAGGGCUUCUUCCGGGACGGCAACACGUACGGCCAGAACACCGACCUCAGGGACGAAGUCUACAGCGUCUACGAGUACUUCAACUCGGACGAGUACCUCGGCAGCCCGACGACGUGGGACGCCGUCACCGACACGACCGGCAGGGCGAGCGGGCCAGCCAAGCCGUUCGUCCACUUCUUCAACACCACCGGCAUCCUGCAGCACAACGACAUCGGGGGCCAGUGGCACCCCACCGACGUCGGCCACAUCAAGGUUGCGAGCCACCUGAUACAGUACAUCACGCUGAAGCUCGGCUGGCCCUUGUUCGCCACCGGACCCGAGUGA